GUGUCAAAAUCAGCUGAAAGUCAGAAACCAAAAGAAUGCAUUAAGGUUAUCUGAUUUUAUAAUGAUUUUUAUUUAAAUUUUAACGUAAAAACCAGUUCAAUUUUAGAGAAAAUGUACUUUUUAAAACGUGCGACACGCUUAUACAGGGUUUCAAGCACGCCAAUAAAACAAAAUUGUUGUUGUUAUUCUGACGCAGGUCGCGUUAAUAUAUUAAAAGACAAACUAAAACAGGGCCCUGGAUUGAAAGAAUUUCUAACUGAAAACUCUGAAUCAGUCCUUCUAGAUCGUCCUCAUAUACCUUAUCUACCCGAUAAUGUUCAUAUUACAAGGAAAAGGAAAGUUUUCUUCGAUGUGUACGGUUGUCAAAUGAACCUAAGUGAUACCGAGAUUGUGUGGUCUAUUUUAAAAAAAGAAGGUUUUGAGAAGACAGAAAUCGAGGAAGAAGCCGAUGUAUUUCUUGUGAUGACGUGUGCUAUUCGGGAAGGAGCAGAAACAAAGAUAUGGCACAGACUAGAUCACCUAAGAGGCUUCAAACGACGAACGAUGGCAAAAAACAAAAAUAAAGCUGUAAAAAUCGGUAUCCUCGGUUGCAUGGCCGAGAGGUUGAAGACGAAAUUAAUCGAGAAAGAAAAAGCUGUUGACAUUGUGGCUGGCCCAGAUAGUUACAGGGAUCUACCCCGUUUAUUAGCUCUCACAGAAAAUGGCCAGACAGCAGUGAAUGUAUUGCUGUCACUGGAUGAGACUUAUGCUGAUGUAGUGCCUGUAAGAUUAAACCAGAAUAGUGUUUCUGCAUUUAUUUCAAUAAUGCGCGGGUGCGACAACAUGUGCUCAUAUUGCAUAGUGCCCUUUACUCGAGGGCGGGAGAGGUCGCGGCCCGUUACCUCCAUAGUGGAAGAGGUGCGGCAACUCGCGGACCAGGGAGUUAAAGAGGUCACACUGCUCGGGCAGAAUGUUAACAGUUACAGAGAUGUGUCGAUGAUGACAGACAAGUGUGACACGCAGAUGGCGAAAGGUUUCAAAACAGUGUACAAAAAAAAGAAAGGUGGUCUAAGGUUCGCAGACUUGUUGGACAAAGUGUCGUCAAUAGACCCUGAGAUGAGAAUUCGGUUCACGGCAGCACAUCCUAAGGAUUUCCCCGACGAGGUGCUGCAGGUAAUCUCUGAGCGCUCCAACAUCUGCAAGAUGCUGCACCUGCCAGCUCAGUCUGGGUCUAGCGCCGUGCUAGAGCGCAUGCGCAGAGGGUACACCAGGGAGGCGUACCUAGAGCUGGUGGAACAUGUAAAGAAUACUAUACCUGGAGUGGGAUUGUCGACGGACAUGAUCUGCGGCUUUUGUGGGGAGACAGAGGAGGAGUUCCAGGAGACGUUGUCUCUGAUGGAGCUGGUCGACUACAACACGGCGUAUUUGUUCCCGUACAGCAUGCGGGAGAAAACAACAGCAUACCGCCGCUAUAAGGACGAUGUGCCAGAGCCGGUAAAAAAAGAAAGGCACAACCGCAUGAUAGACAUGUACAGGCGCAAGAGCCAAUUAUUGAACGAAGCCGAAAUAGGGUCCAUCCAUUUAGUCCUAAUAGAAGGGGUGGUUCCAAAAACGGGGCAAUUGAUGGGGCGAAAUGAGUUGUAUACGAAGGUUGUUUUUGAUCAGGGCGAAAUAGACGCAGAUGGGAGCAAAAGGAAGAUGCAACCUGGUGAUUAUGUGGGGGUGAAAAUAGUAGGGGCGAGGUCAUCGGUGCUCAGUGGUAUCGCGUUAUAUCACACGAGUUUGAGUGAGUUCUAUAGGGAGCGAAGUUGGGAAGAUAGGAUUUAGUUGUAGAGUGAAUAAAAUUGUGUAUUUAGGUAA